AUGGCCAACCAAAUCCAGUCCCCCAUCGUGGAUGCAUCAGGAAAGACAAGGCUACGCGAAUCAUUAGAGCGCGCGAAGAGACGUCAAGGGCCCAGUGUUGGCCAAUGGCUAGAGUUUCCAGGCUACUCCUUGGCGAGGACAGUGGCGCCGUUGGGUGAGGAUUGGGUUCUCAUAGACACGGAGCACGGGAACAUCGAUGACAGCCAGAUGUAUCUCCAAGUCGGUGCGAUCUCAUCUUCGGGGGCGUCUCCAAUCGUGCGGAUACCAGCUUCAGAACAUUGGAUGAUAAAGAGAGCUUUGGAUUGUGGAGCGCAUGCCAUCAUGGAGCAAGCUGAAGCCAUCGUUCGCGCUUGCAAGUAUCCCUCCUCGCGCUGGCCACAAGGUCUUCGAGGCGCGGGAGCUAUGUUUGCCCCCGCAGCUUUCAACCAAACCGGCCGAGAGUACCUUCUUACCGCCAACGACAACGUUAUGGUUUGCGUACAGAUAGAGAGCCGAAAGGCCGUAGAGAACGUGGAAGAAAUCGCGACUGUUGACGGCAUCGACAUGUUAUUCAUCGGACCCAACGAUCUUGCUUCAUCCAUGGGUUAUGUGGCAUUUGACCAUGCCUUAAUACCAGAAGUUCAGGAGGCGUCAGCACGCGUGCUCAAAGCAGGGCUUGAUGCUGGGAAAUAUAUCGGUCAUUUUGCUAUUAGUGCCGAUGCUGCGGCAUUGAAGUACGAGCAAGGGUUUCACUUCGUAAACUGCGGAGCCGAUAUCGUCGCCAUCACAGCUUGGAUGUCAGAGGAAAUGGCCAAGUUGAAGGACUUGGUAGCGGCUAUGGGGAAACAAAGCAGCGAGGUUGAACAAAAGAUCGACGGAAAGGAGGGAAACGACGAUUCAGAGGAUAAGUUACUCUCAACCCAGAGCAAGUUUGGCUACAGUUAA